AUGGUUAUGGGCGUUGCAUCCCUCGCUACAACUAGCUUGUUGGCUCGGUUUUCGAAAGCAAAUAAACUUGAGCAACCUCUACGCUACGAAAAAAAACUUGGUGGAGAAGAUGUUUGGUAUCUUGGAAAAUGA